AUGAGACUACCGUUAUCUCUUGUCUUCGCUCUUUUCGCAUACGACGCUCUCUUCGUCACCGCACGGCCACAGAAGCGCACGUACAACACACACGACUACUAUGUCCUCGAACACAAUCCGCUAGCUGGUGCCUCGCUGGCCGAAGCCGCCACCGAACUCGGCCUCGAAGUCGUCGAACGUCUGGGUGAUCUCCAAAACCUCUGGGUCGUGCGCACUCUCAAGUCAAAUUCUGAGUCGGACCGUGUGCUCGAUAACCUACAAACACUUCACCAACGCGCAUCUUCCCCGCUCCACUCUCGUUCAGAACAUUCACAUCAGGCUCGUCGUAUAGCAUCUUCGGUGAAGUACCUUGAACGGCAAGAACUUCGACAACGAGCAAAACGUGGGCCUAUACCUACGCCACAGGACGAUGACUCUUCGGACGAGAGCAAGCCGUCAGCCGCAGAUGUGGUCGCAGAACGUUUGGGAAUCGAAGACCCUAUGUUCCCGCAGCAGUGGCAUCUGGUGAACAACGAGUACGAGCAGAAUAUGAUGAAUGUAUCAAUGCUGUGGGAAAUGGGUAUCACGGGCGAGGGCGUCAUUUCGACAUUGGUGGAUGACGGGCUAGACUAUACCAGCGAUGAUCUAGCAGACAACUUUUGGGCUGCUGGUUCGUAUGAUUUCAACGACCAUGAAGAGCUUCCGACCCCGAAACUCUUCGACGACCACCACGGGACGCGGUGCGCCGGUCAAAUCGGAGCUGUGAAGAACACCGUGUGCGGCAUGGGCAUUGCCUACAACUCCAAAAUCUCUGGCGUUCGCAUUCUUUCUGGCCCUAUCUCGGACAUCGACGAGGCUUCGUCACUCAACUACGGUUAUGAGGACUCCUCCAUCUUCAGUUGCAGUUGGGGUCCACCGGACGACGGUCGGUCCAUGGAAGCACCUGGCUAUCUCAUUCAACGUGCGAUGCUUAAUGGGGUGGAGAACGGUCGUGGUGGGAAGGGGUCUAUUUUCGUAUUUGCGAGUGGCAAUGGAGCCUCUUCUGGCGAUCAAUGCAACUUCGACGGAUACACGAACAGCAUCUACUCUGUCACUGUCGCCGCUGUUGAUUACAAGGGUCUUCACCCGCCAUACUCGGAGUCAUGCGCGGCGAACAUGGUGGUGGCUUUCAGCUCUGGUAGUGGCAAUCAUAUCGUUACUACGGAUGUGGGCAAGGACAAGUGCGCGACCACCCACGGCGGCACUUCCGCAGCCGCUCCAAACGCGGUCGGCGUAUUCGCUCUCGCUCUCGGUGUCAGACCCGACCUCACAUGGCGCGACAUCCAACAUCUCUGCGUUCGUACGGCAGAUAAGAUCAACCCUGAGGAUCCAGACUGGGAAGACACCGCCGCCGGACGACCGUUCUCCUACAAGUACGGGUUUGGGUCGCUCAAUGGCUACGAGUUCGUCACCGCGGCGCAGAACUGGGAACUUGUCAAGCCACAGGCGUGGUUGGAGAUUCCUGCGGUUCAGAUCGCGGAAGGGACGUGCGAUGAGGAUGGGAGUAUGAGUGGAGGAGAGCUCAUUGUUCCUGGAGGAUUGCAAAGCACGAUCACUGUCACGAAGGAGAUGAUGGACCAGCAUAAUUUGGAGACGCUGGAGCAUAUUACUGUUCGCGUGUGGAUCACACAUACGCGGAGAGGCGAUGUCGAGGUCGAGAUUGUCAGUCCGAACGGUGUCAAGAGCGUGUUGGCUGCGCGGAGACGUGGUGACGCUGACAAGGAUGGCUACCCGGGAUGGAGGUUCAUGUCUGUCAAACAUUGGGAUGAAAACCCUAUCGGUGAUUGGACCAUCCGUGUCUCCGACAUCGGUACUGAGAACCACUCUGGCAACUUCCUCGGCUGGCAAUUGUCCCUCUUCGGCGCCACCAUCGACCCCUCUCUCGCCCAAACAUACCAGAUCGGAUUAUUCGACCACACACUCCCAACAGUACAGCAAGAGACCCCCACUGAAGGCAGCGACCCGACCGCAACCAAGACGUACGCCAAACCGACCGAACAUCUUCCAGGCGACCACGGAACCGCCGAAGGCGAGGCAACCCAACCCGCGUUCCCAAAUCCUACUAGUGCCGGCGACACACCCACGACCGAACCGAACGACGUCGCAGAGGAAACGAACACCACACCUUCCGACGCAUCGCCCACAUCGACACCUUCAUCGUCCAUGACGCCCACAGCAGACGAAGGCUGGUUCUCCGAUAUGGGCAACCUCGUCUCUGACAAGAGGUGGUUCUUCGGUGCUCUCGGCGCUGUGGCCAUCUUCGGAAUCUCGAUGGGCGUGUUCUUCUGGAGACGAGCGGCUCGGAGACGUAGGGCUGCGUAUGCGUCGUUACCUGCGGGCGACGACGUAGCUAUGAGUUCUCUAGCAAGGGGUGGUGGGUCUGGGGCUGGAGGAGGGAGGGGGACGAAGGAGCUGUAUGAUGCGUUUGGGGAGGUGUCGGAUGAUGAGGAUGAGUAUGCGGAUGAGAAUACGGGGUUGAGGGACGCGCGGGAGAGGGCGGUCGGAGAGGGCUUGGGGUUCCAUUCUGGGUUUUUGGACGAUGAGGAGGGGCCGUCGAGGACGGGGACGCCGGCGUAUAAGGACGAGCCGGAUGAGCAGGAGCGGGUGGAGAAGCAGCUGCAACUGCAGAGGCCUGGGCAUGGCGAGAGGGAUAGUCCGGAUGGGAGCGGGAGUGGGAGUAGUUGGGAGCAUGCGUCCGAGAGCCUGAGACGGACGGACUGAUUAGGGACGGUUGGGCUGUUGACUGGGACGGUUUAUAGUAUUGGAUAUACAUUUGUUUUGUUUGUCGUUAUUUAAAUAAUCAUUUGAUUCGG